CUUGUCUAUGUAAUCAAUCAACGCUGCCACUGUUGCAGCCACUCUUUUAUCUUAAUGAAAUACAAUCUAGACAUUUACUCAUUUUGGUGACAAUCUAAUUUCUUCCUUCUCCUUGGUUUCUUUAUAUCUAAAUAAAGCUCUAUAGUUAUUUUCCAUUUCAAUAAAGCUUUACAAAGCUAUAAUCAUCUUUCUAGGUUUCUCAAAUGUUAUCAGCGACGAGCACGAAACCGGCAUAGCUGAGGAUGACGACGUAGUAGACAGCUUGGACAAUGCUCUCUCGGUGGCUUGGGCUUUGAUUUCGGUGGAGAGGAGCUGCAAGGGCGAACUGAGACUCGCGAUGAUGGAUUGCGAUGGAGAUAACUCGGAGAGAAGGCGAUUCGGAGCUUCUCGAUGGUGGCCACAACGGUGUUCGUGUUACAGUGGAGCACAAUCCCUGCGAGAGGAGAUCAUGGAGUGGUGGUCAGAAUCGAGCUCAGCCGCUGGUUGAAGUCAGCAGAUGGUCACCAUUUAACAGAGGGCGUGGCAACUUUGUGAUCUAUUCUCUUUCUUUUUUUGAAUUCUUAUUCUCUCUCGAUAUUAAAAUCCCAGAAGGAACCGAUGAUGAUGAUGAUGAUGAUAGAAAACAAUUGUUCUUGAUCGUAGAUCGUGAAAAUUGUUUUAUAAAUUAUGAUUUGAAUAAUUUAAAUUUUAUUUUCUGGUUGGAAAAGAAAAGGGUAGCAUUGGAAUUGUACAUUACCUUUUUUUUUUUUGUAAAGACAAGAGGAAAAUGUCUUUAAAUGUAAUAUUUUAUUUUCCCACUUUGGUUUGCCAUCUAUAUUACAUAUGCAAAGUUGCAAACCGCUGUUUUUUUGUUUUGUUUUGUUUUGUAUACAGACACUCAAUUAUCUGACGUUUAAAUAAAUAUUAUUUUUCCUACUUGGUUUUCCACUUCGGCCCUACGCUCCAUUAGCAGUCCUCGAAGAGAGAACAAAAUCAAGCUUUUUUUUUUUUUUUUUUCUCCUUUCAUGGCUACCUCCUCUUCCACAGUACCUCUUCAACAUCAAGUCUUCAUAAAUUUCCGAGGGAAGGAUCUACGCCGUGGAUUCGUAGGCUUUCUUGUUGAUGCGUUGAAAAGGGAAAAGAUCAAUGUUUUUAUGGACGAAUUCGAAGAAAGAGGCCUCCCUUUAGAUUCCCUUUUGACUAGGAUAGAGGGGUCGAGAGUUGCUGUGGCUAUAUUCUCUGAGAAUUACACCGAAUCAAACUGGUGCUUGAAGGAGGCUGAGAAGAUGAAUGAAUGCAGGGAGAAAGGCAAUCUGGUGGUAAUACCCAUAUUUUACAAGGUGGAACCAUCCGCAGUGAGAGGUUUGAAGGGAGAUUUUGGUGAUAAGUUAUGGAUUUUGGCCAAGGGUGAUGAGAAGAGGAAGAAACAGUUUGAUGAAGCCUUGGAGUCGAUUCCUAAUCUAUUCGGUAUCACUGUGGACGAUACAAGCGACGAGUGUCAGAAAAUCAAUGAUAUUGUCAAGGCGGUUAAGACAGUCUUGCUCAAGAUUUCAGUGAUAGAGAGCCAAGACGUCACUGGUGAUUCGUCAGAGACUAGUGAUGAUGGGACUGCCUCAGGAGGAAAAAAGCAUAGGACUUUUGGAAUGGAGAAACGUCUCAAGGAGCUGGAAGAUAGGUUUGGUAAACACAAAGAAACUCGUAUCAUUGGAGUUGUUGGGAUGCCUGGAAUUGGUAAAACCACACUCAUGAAAGAACUCUUUGAGAUGUGGAAGCCUAAGUUUGUUAGGCACGCUCGAGUCGACAAAAUCCGUGUACAGGCGAAGGAUUUGGGGUGUGAUUUCUUGCCCACAUUGCUUUUAGAAGAGCUAUUGGGAUUGGAAGAUCCUCACACACAGAAUGUUGAGGACCCGUACGAAACCUACAAAUGUCAACUGCUUGGACGCAAAGUUUUUGUCGUUCUCGAUGAUGUUAGUAACAUGGAACAAAUAGAUGCUCUUCUUGGGAAACGUGACUGGAUUUGUGACGGAAGCAGGAUUGUCAUUGCAACAAGUGACGCGUCCUUAACAAAUGGUCUGGUUGAAGACACAUACGUGUUCCAAAACCUGGACCAUAGAGACAGCUUACAACUUUUUCGCUAUCACGCCUUCAGUGAUGAUCAUCAAUCCAAUCCUCCCAAGGAAGAUUUCACGAAGCUGUCAGAAGAGUUUGUACAUUAUGCAAGAGGCCAUCCACUAGCUCUCAAAAUGUUGGGUGUAGAGCUAUACAACAAAAAUAUAGAUCAUUGGAAAUCGAAACUGAAGACACUCUCUCAAAGUCUGAUCCCUAAUAUUGGAAGGGUCUUCCAAAUGAGUUAUGAUGAACUGCGUUCAGAGCAUAAAGUUGCAUUUCUUGAUAUAGCCUGCUUCAGAUCGGAGAGUGUGGAAUAUGUAGAAAGUUUACUGGCUUUGUCUGACACCGAAUCUCCUGACACAAUGAGUGCAGUAGAAGUCCUCAAGAAUAAGUUUCUGAUUAAUACUUGUGACGGUCGAGUGGAGAUGCAUGAUCUACUGUACACAUUUUCAAGGGAGCUAGAUCGUAAAGUAUCCACUCAAGAUGGUAACAGACAACAACGGAGGCUGUGGCUCCAUCAAGACAUAAUGAAGGGAGGCAUAAUUAAUGUUCUGCAAAAUAAAAUGAAAGCUGCCAAUGUCAGAGGUAUUUUUCUAGACUUGUCUGAAGUGAAAGACCAGACGACCUUAGACUGCGAGCACUUCUUAAGGAUGUGCAAUCUCCGGUAUCUUAAGUUCUAUAAUUCUCACUGUCCUCAGGAAUGUGAAACCAAAAAUAAGAUAAACAUUCCUGAUGGACUUAAGCUACCACUGAAAGAGAUCCGAUGCCUCCACUGGUUAAAAUUUCCACUGGAGGAACUUCCUAAUGAUUUCGACCCGAUUAAUCUUGUUGAUCUCAAGUUGCCCUACAGUGAGAUUAAACAACUUUGGGAAGGCGAAAAGGAUGUACCAUCCUUAAAGUGGGUCGAUCUCAAUCACUCAAGUAAGUUAUGCAGCUUGUCAGAGUUAUCUAAGGCUCGAAAUCUUCAACGAUUGAAUCUUGAAGGUUGCACGGCACUGAAAAUUUUACCACGUGGUAUGAAAAAAAUGAAAAAGCUUGCUUCCCUGAAUCUGAAAGGUUGCACAAGUCUUGAAACUCUUCCAAAGAUGAAUUUAAAUUCUUUGAGAACUCUUACUCUCAGCGGCUGCUCAAAUUUUAAGGAAUUUCCACUGGUUUCAGAAAAUAUAGAGAUUCUAUACUUAGAUGGCACAUCAAUAAGUCAGCUUCCUACGAACAUGGAGAAGCUCCAGAGACUUAUUGUACUGAAUAUGAAGAACUGCGAAAAGCUGGAGGAAAUCCCAGUCGGGGUCGGUGAGCUGAAAGCUCUUCAGGAACUGAUACUCUCUGAUUGCUCCAAACUCGAGUAUUUUCCAGAUAUCAAGAUGAGCUCUUUAAACAUUUUACUUUUGGAUGGGACAGCCAUAGAAGUGAUGCCACCUUUACCUUCGCUACAGUAUUUGUGCUUAAGCAGAAGUAAGAUCAACUGUCUUCCUGCUGGCAUUACUCAACUUUUUCAACUUAAGUGGCUGGAUUUGAAGUACUGCAAGAGUCUUACUUCUCUUCCAGAGCUUCCACCAAACCUUCAGUGCUUAGAUGCACACGGUUGUAGUUCGCUGAAGACAGUUUCGAAGCCUCUAGCCCGUAUCAUGCCAACGGAGCAGAACCAUUCCACAUUCAUUUUCACCAACUGUAAGAACCUGGAACAAGCUGCAAAGGAGGAAAUCAGCUCGUAUGCGCAAAGGAAAUGUCAGCUGCUGUCAUAUGCUCGUACACGCUACAAUGGGGGUCUGGUUUCAGAGGCUUUGUUCAGCACUUGCUUUCCUGGAUGUGAAGUGCCUUCUUGGUUUUGUUAUGAAACAGUUGGAUCCGAGCUAGAAGUAAAACUCCUCCCGCAUUGGCAUGACAAGAGGCUUGCUGGAAUAGCUCUAUGUGCUGUAGUGUCAUUUCAUGACUGCCAUGAUCAAAUCAGCCGCUUGUCAGUGACAUGCACCUUUAAAGUUAAUGUUGAAGACAACUCUUGGAUCCCAUUUACUUGCCCAGUAGGAAGUUGGACCAGACAGGGAGACGGAAAAUACAAGAUUGAAUCAGACCAUGUUUUUAUCGGCUACACCAGUUGCCCAUAUACUAUAACGUGUCCUGAAGACGAGAACUCUGAUAAAUGCAGUUCCACUGAAGCCUCCCUUGAGUUUACUGUGGCAGGUGGUACAAAUGAGAAGGGAAAAUUAAAGGUGUUGAAGUGCGGUUUAGGUUUGGUGUAUGCAAAGGAUAAAGGCAAAAAUAGUUCUCAUGAAGCAAAGUAUGAUAUGCCUGUGGAAGUGAGUUUUCAAGAAACUUCAAAAGAGGUUGACGGAGAAGGAGCAAAGAAAAGGAAAAAACCGAGAGGUGAUGAUGGAAGGCCGAAGAUGAAGAAAAAAUCAAGAAGGGAUGAUAAAGUUCUGGUGAACUGAAGUAUCCAUCUCUCCCUGAAAGGAUGGGUUGGAUAUAUCCUUGUAUUGGUGAGUUUCAGAGCAUGGUUGAUAUUUCAUCUACAGAACGCAGCGAACGUUCUGUCUCUUGCUUUGAGGAGACAAAGAUUAUUGUCAAGAUACCGGCGAUUUACUGGUCAUACAAGACAGCUAGUCAUGCUGCUGAACUAACUGUAGGGGGUAGUCCCUUGUUUUCAAAAUUCUGAAGAAAUAUUCAGUGUCCUGGGCCACAUAGGUCUUCUAGCUGAUCCAGAAGGUGGUCAAUGCACAGCUUGGGACAAGGGACUUCUCAUUGGCGGAGAGAAUGUGAUUACUUGUUUCGCCAGAGAAGGCUGUACCAAUAAACCAUCCAGAGAGCUAUCGCCUCUCCUUCUUCACUUUAUCGCCAACCUUCUCCUCUAGUUCAAGGAUCAACUUGCUUUGUAGAUUUGGAUUACUUUAUAAAACGCAUGCAGGGUGACACAUACACAGCGGUUGGAAAUCAAAACCGAGCAAUAGAAGUUGAUUUGACUUUGAAACUUCAAUCUAUGUUUCUGUCUUGUUGUUCUCUCAGAGCCUAUGAUCUUUUUAUAUGUAAAGCCCUACACACUAUUAUACUAGUUGAUCAUACACUAACCAUUAAAACAAGUUUCUUUUACAAUUUCUUAGGUCUAAA